AUGCAGGCUCCGGUGGUGGUGAUGAACACCAACUCUGGUGAGAGACAGGUCGGUCGCAGAGCCCAGUUGUCAAAUAUUACUGCUGCAAAGACGGUUGCGGAUAUUAUUCGAUCAUGUCUGGGACCCAAGGCUAUGUUGAAGAUGCUUCUCGAUCCCAUGGGAGGAAUUGUUCUUACGAACGAUGGACACGCUAUUCUCAGAGAAAUUGAGGUGUCGCACCCCGCCGCUAAGAGCAUGAUUGAACUCAGUCGUACACAGGACGAGGAAGUUGGCGACGGAACAACCACUGUUAUUAUUCUCGCUGGCGAAAUGCUUGCCCAGGCCCUCCCUCAGCUCGAACGUAAUAUCCACCCCGUUGUCAUUAUCUCGGCCUUUAAGCGUGCCCUCGCAGACGCACUUGCAAUCGUUGAGGAGGUCGCGCUACCCGUGGAUAUUGAUGAUGACAAAGCGAUGUACACUCUCAUUAAAUCAUCCAUUGGGACUAAGUUCGUUUCGAGAUGGUCUGAUUUAAUGUGCGACCUGGCACUGAGAGCCGUCCGCACUGUAUCCUUCGAUGCCGGUGGUGGAAAGAGAGAAGUCGACAUCAAGCGUUACGCGCGUAUUGAGAAGAUUCCCGGUGGUCAGAUCGAGGACAGCGAGGUUAUCGAUGGUGUGAUGGUCAACAAGGACAUUACCCACCCCAAGAUGCGGAGAAGAAUCGAGAACCCCAGAGUUAUCCUUCUGGAUUGCCCAUUGGAGUACAAGAAGGGAGAGUCGCAGACCAACAUCGAAAUCUCAAAGGAAGACGACUGGAACCGUAUUCUUCAGAUUGAGGAGGAGCAAGUCAAGCACAUGUGCGACGCUGUCCUGGCUUUGAAGCCCGAUAUUGUUAUCACCGAGAAGGGUGUCUCUGAUCUCGCACAGCACUUUUUGAUGAAGGCCGACGUCACAGCACUCCGCCGAGUGAGGAAAACGGACAACAACCGUAUCGCCAGAGCUACGGGUGCAACGAUUGUCAACCGUGUGGACAAUAUCCAGGAAUCUGACGUGGGAACUGGGUGCGGUCUCUUCGAGAUUGAGAAGAUUGGCGACGAAUACUUCACUUUCCUGAGGAAGUGCCAGAACCCCAAGGCUUGCACUAUCCUCCUCCGCGGCCCAUCUAAGGACAUCAUCAACGAGAUUGAACGUAACCUCCAGGACGCCAUGUCCGUUGCGCGUAACGUCAUUUUCCACCCGCGUUUGUGCCCUGGUGGCGGUGCCAUCGAAAUGGCUGUUUCCGUUAAACUAGGCCAGCUGGCCAAGUCCAUUGAAGGCGUCCAGCAAUGGCCGUACAAGGCCGUGGCGGAUGCUAUGGAGGUUAUUCCCCGAACACUAGCACAGAACGCUGGAGCCAGCCCUAUCCGAGUUCUCACCCGUAUGAGGGCCAAGCACGUCGAAGGACACACCACAUGGGGUCUUGAUGGCGACACUGGUGCUUUGGUUGACAUGAAGGAGUACGGCGUUUGGGAGCCGGAAGCCGUCAAGCUUCAGAGCAUCAAGACGGCUGUUGAGUCUGCAUGCCUGCUACUUCGCGUCGACGAUAUCUGCAGUGGUAAGACUGCUCAGCAACCGGGUGCCCCCGCUGGUGGCGAUGAAUAA